CCCGACUCCACGGAGCAUCUAUAACCUGCAUAGCCUGAUCUACACCGCCUCUUAAAGUCCCAUCUAGUCCCUCGUCACAUUGCUUCUUGCUCUCCACCUUGGCUCAGUACUUGUGCCCUCGCGCGCCUAGAUACCCUCACGGCUGCACCUUCCGCUAGUGGCGCUUCCAGCCAGGGUAACGGCCAGACAGGGUUUUCUCGCACCGUUUAAUACUUUAGAUUGCGCCUGCUCCCACUCGUUCCUACUCCACAGCGAUCUUCUCCACCCCCAAACAUACAUCCUGCAUCCGGGCCACCGCGCACCACAGCGACGUGUCUGCCAAUCACGUUUGAUUCGGCCCUGCGUCGGUGAGCCACAGCGUCCUCCACGUCGGUAAGCCUCGACGUCGACUAUCAUGUCGUCCUCCAACAUGUCGUCCUCCCAACACGACGAGUCGACCUCGCCUGCUGCCUCACCUCCCAUGGCCUCGCCUCGCAACCCUCCCAGGCUCGACACGAAUGCACGCCCCCGCCCCAAGUUCGUGUCUUUUGGCCGCGAAUCAGAACUAGGCGGCCCUCCCAUCAUCACCGAGCGUUCACCGCUUGUGCGGCCCUCGAGAUCGGCGCGCGAGGUUGACCCACUGCUCAAGGAGCCGCUGUCGCCUCUGGAGAGCGAGGAGGACUGGCAGGGCGAGCCCGAGACUGAAGACACUAAGAGCAGUUGGUUCUUGUUCCUGCUGACUCUUGGCGGACUCGGUCUCCAAAUAGGAUGGUCUGUCGAGACGUCCAACGGAUCUCCCUACCUGCUCUCUCUUGGACUCAGCAAGUCCGCCCUGGCUCUCGUCUGGAUCGCUGGCCCGCUAUCAGGUGUUCUCGUACAGCCCUAUGUCGGUCUCAAGAGCGACAACUGCCGCAGCCGCUGGGGAAAGAGACGUCCCUUCAUCUUCGGCGGCGCGGCAGCGACCAUCCUGUCUCUCAUGCUCUUAUCUUGGGCUAGAGAGAUCAUGGCUGCCUUCCUGGGCCUUUUCGGCCGUGAUCCUGAGAGCGAGUUGGUCAGGACGAGCACCAUGGUCUUCGCUGUCUUCUUCGUCUAUGUUCUCGACUUUGCCAUCAACGUCAUUCAAGCCGGUAUUCGCGCUUACAUUGUCGACGUUGCACCAACCCAUCAGCAGGAGUCUGCAAACGCAUGGCUGAUGCGAUCUGCUGGUGUUGGUAACAUUGCGGGCUACCUUGCUGGUUACAUCGAGCUUCCCAAAUACUUGCCAUUCUUGGGUGGCACCCAGUUCAAGGUUCUCUGCGCCAUCGCUUCCGUCAUCAUGGCUCUCACGGUCGGCAUUAGUUGUGGCGUCUGCGGCGAGCGCGACCCUACCCAUGACGAUCCACCACCCGUGCAGCAGGAUGGCGUUAUAGCUUUCUUCCGGUCUCUCGCCGUCUCGGUUCGCAGGCUCCCAGACCAGAUCAAGCGCGUUUGCGAAGUACAGUUUUUUGCCUGGAUCGGAUGGUUCCCCUUCCUUUUCUACAUCACAACCUACGUUGGCCAAAUCUACGUCGACCCACUCCUCGAGGCAAACCCGAACAUGACGGAUGCUGAGAUUGAUCAGAUCUGGGAGGACGCUACCAGAAUUGGUACGAGGGCUCUGUUGGUGUUUGCUGUCACUACUUUCCUAGCCUCGGUCGUCAUGCCCUUUGUCAUCCCCCCAACCUUCCAAGCGCCAAUUCCCGACCACCCAGCCACCCCCGCUACUCCCUUGACCCCCGCGACCCCACACUCUAUGGGAGGUUCUGGUUAUUUCGCGCUUAGGGAACCGACCAAGGGCCCGCCCCAGAGCAGGUCGGAGAAGAUCUUCGCGGCAAUGGACAAACUCCAAAUCAAGUCGCUCACGCUUCGUCGCUCCUGGUUCAUCGCGCACAUCUGCUUCGCUGUGCUUAUGGCACUCACCUUCUUCGUUCAUACCACCAUGGGAGCAACCAUCCUCGUUGGUGCAAUUGGCAUUCCCUGGUGUCUGACAGGUUGGGCUCCAUUCGCCAUCAUCGCUUCUGAGAUCUCCAAGCGCGAUGCUAUCCGACGUGGCAUCAUUCGACCCACUGACCGCGAGUCUCAGCUUGUUGCUUCGAGUGAAGAUGACAACUCUGGGGCCGACUCAGCUGGUGUGGUGCUCGGUAUCCACAAUGUUGCCAUUGCUGCACCUCAAGUGAUUGCCACUCUCGUAAGCGCCGUACUCUUCAGGUUGUUGCAGAAGCCCCGAGGCGUAGCCGGCGACAACAGCGUGGCAUGGGUCUUGCGAUUCGGUGGAAUCUGCGCCCUGGUUGCGGCGUGGCUGACGCUUCGAGUCAAGGAGGAGAAGAUUGAGGAGGAGGAUGAGGAUCCCGAGGAUUUCUUCAGCAACCACCGAAUCCGCGCUGGUUAGAGUAUCUUUGAUCUGCCAAGCCCUGGAUAAAAGGCCUGCCCUCACGAAUCGAGAACAGCCAACUUACGUCGAACGAGAUAUGAUCACACAAUUCAUGUACUUAUGACGGAUCAGGGUAGAAAUACCCGUACCAUCCGCUGGUUCACGACGCCUGGUUGGUUCGAUUCGAUGCAUCACAGCGAGCGAUGGAGUUUGAACAGGAGUUUUCGGCACGUACACGUAGGUUAGGAGUUUUUUUUUUUGGACGGCCGU